UGAAACUUACCGGUCGUCCACUACCGCCAUUACUGACAGUGACGCUUUGACUCUAGUUAAUACGGCAUCCCGCCGUUUUACAUAGUGCUUUGUUAGUAAGUUGUAUACUUUAAAAAUGGUGAAAAGCAAGAAAAAUUUAAAAAAAGAUAAAGCAGCCGAGAGUGCACCUGAUAUAGAAACAACAAAGGCUGAAGAUGAUGUAGAAAAUCAGGCAGAGGAUGAAGGCACACAAAACGAAGAUACCAGCUCUAAGAAAAGAGGAAAGGCAAAAAAGGAGGAACCUGCUCCACAAGAGGAGACUGAAAAUGGUGAAGAAACCGAGGCCAAGGAAAACGGCGAGAUAACUACAGAAAAGAAGAAACCAGCCGCUGAGAAAAAAGGAAAAGCCACCAAAAGAGUUGCUGCGAAACCAACGACUGAACCUGCCCGCAAAUCAUCCAGGACCCCAAAGCCUGUAGCAAAACAAAAUGGAGAAGAAGAGUCAUAUGAGGUUGAAAAGCUGAUAGACUCAAGGGAGGUCCGAGGCAAGACUCAGUUCCUGGUGCGGUGGAAAGGGUACUCAAGGGCUGACGAUACGUGGGAAGAUGAAAAGGACUUAAAUUGCCCUGAAUUGUUGCAGAAAUUCAAAGCGGAGAACACCAAUGCCAAGAGUAAACCAAAAAAACGCUCUGCUUCAAAAUCACCCUCAAAGGCUCCGGCGAAAAAGGCUAAAUCAUCACCCAAAAAAGACUAUGAGGUUGAAGAAGUUGUAGGAAUGAGAGUGAAAAAUGGUAAGAAAGAAUUCAAGAUCCGUUGGAAAGGAUAUAAAGAAGACGACGACACGUGGGAGCCAGAAAAACAUCUUUCUUGCCAAGAUUUAAUUAAAGCUUAUCUUGAUGAGCACAAAGAUGAUUUAGUAGAGGCGACACCUAAGAAGACGGCAACUAAAAAAGCUAAAACUCCAACAAAAGCGUCAAAAGGAAAGAAAACCAAAAGGAAGUAGAAUUAUUACUCUACAGAUCUCUACAGAGUUGAGUACAUUGAAGUCAAUAAAAAUGUGCGACUCUAUCCAUCUCUGAUUUUUUUUUUAGGCGAAGAUAAAUGUUUUGUUUUGUCAGUGUACGAACUUAAGAGAUGUGACUAGUAUAAGAUUUAUAUUUGAACUUUUAAGAGUAGACGUUAAAACUGUGUGUGUUUAAAUGAGAAAUGUAUCAUUGUAAAUGUGUAGAGGGAACAGCUAGGUUUGAAAAUGUGAGUGAAGGACAAAUCUUUCUCCCAUAAAAAAUUUAUUUUAUCAGUUUGUUUCUGGUAUAUCACCAAAAUUUGGCAUUUUCAAUAUUUUAUUUUUUAAAGCAUAUUGUUUCUAAAAUAGGUUGUUAAAAUCUAUGUAAAACCGUUAAUUUGCUGAAUUUUAUAUUCUGUUCAUUUCUAAUAUAGUUGAAAGUUUUAAUUUUAAGAAGUACAAAAUACAGUUUUCUCUGUAAUAUGAGAUUUAUAAUAAAUUAAGACUUUUAAUUAAUA